GUAACAAUUCUAAAUGGAAGUGACAUUCGACCGUUAUACAACUUUUCUGGAGAACAGAUGGCUGCCUAUUUUGGGUAUGCUGUGGCUGCCAUGGAUAUCAACGGUGAUGGGCUGGAUGACUUGCUGAUCGGUGCCCCCUUGUUUAUGGAAAAAACGGAAGGUGGCCGUGUUCAGGAGGUGGGCAGGGUCUAUAUCUACCAGCAAAAGACAUACGGCAUGGAGCCCGGUGCCCCAGCUGUGCUGACCGGUCACCAAGAGUUUGGCCGCUUUGGCAGCGCUAUAGCCUCAUUGGGAGACCUCAACCAGGAUGGAUACAAUGGUAUGAAAGUUGGAUCGGAGGGGCAUGGCAUGGGGAAAGGAACAGGAGUUUCUCCAGAUUUGCCUCCUUGACCAAGAUGAAUGUAUGUUUGUUUGUUUUCACACCGUAUGUAUGUUUUCACGCAGAGAAAGGAGAAGGGAAUAUCCAGCAUUUGCAAACAAAAGAUUUCCAUUACUAGGGUUCUGAUUUGUUACUAAAUGCUUUCCUUUCCUCAGAGUUCAGGGAGCAACUCUUUAAUUCUCACCUUAUCUUAUUCCACAAUCAAACAAGAAACCGAUGCAAGAUCUAUGUUCCAAUUAAAGGGAUACUCAUAAUUGAGAUGGAGGCAUUUUAUUUUGGUGUAGGAUAGGAGAUGGGAAUCUAGGGAUUUUCCAUCA